CUCAUCGAAGCCCAUGGAAUCGUUGGUAUCAUGAUGACAACACAAACAUUGAGUAGCGAUUAACUUCCAACUCGAUUUAUUUUAGUUUGAGGGAUAAGGCCACUUUUUGCUGAUCAAAUUGCCAGUAGUUGUUACAAACGUGCUGAGAAAAAGUGGAAUAUAGAUAGCGCGGAACGAGUAGGUAUUAUAGCGCACAAAACAACCAUAAAUACAUCAAGUACAAACGAGCUAAACUAAGUGGUAUCCAUAGAGGUUGGGAGAGGAGAAAAAGUGUAGACAAAUUAUGUCAGGAGAAAGUGAGAAAAAUUUAGCGGAUGUAGAGACACCAUUACCACGUAAAACACCAUUUUCAAUAGAUUAUAUUCUUACAAAAACAUCAAUCCGUCCGUCAUAUUACGGUUCCAACGAAGGAAAUACAACGACGCAAUUGUCACUUCGUAAUGCGACGUCAAGUAUGAAAGCAAUGACUCCUUCCGCCGUAGAAAAUAGUUCACAUGCGCGCAUGGCUUCGCAUCAUUUAUUUUCUAAUGUGUACAAUUAUCCUCAUAGCAGACUCUUUUACCAGCAGAACACACAAAAUUACGAGCAAAACGUAAAAAAUGAGCCACACGACCUACGGAUGAAUGUCCUUCCUGGAUACCAACCUUACGCAAAAAAAUUUCAGAGGCCUAUUGACAGACUUUCAUUCUCAGCAGACGACAAUCACGAAAUUACUACGCGUCGUGAAAACAAUGAUGAACAAUCUAUUGACGAUUACCAUGUUAACAAUACAUCAGGCUCUGAUGAUUCGAAAGAGGAGUCCGAUGUCGAUAUAUGCGACACUGAUGAUGAAUCGAGUGGUUCUAUGUCUGACGAAGAUGAGACCAAUACAACGACCGAAGAGAGGGAGGGAGACGAACAUCAGGACAGUAGAGAGAAUGGCAGCAAAAAACAUUUAAUCUGUGCCGAGAGAAAAGAACUCAGUCUUACCAACUCUCGACCAACAAACAAACCAAGGAAGAAGCGUUCACGUGCAGCGUUCUCACACGCCCAAGUGUUUGAACUGGAGCGUCGAUUCAACCACCAGCGCUACCUAUCGGGGCCUGAACGCGCAGAUCUGGCAAACGCGUUAAAACUAACAGAAACGCAAAUCAAAAUCUGGUUUCAGAACAGAAGAUACAAAACUAAGCGGAAACAGCUACUUCAAGAACACUCAAUGCCGAUUAUGGCGAGAAAGGUUGCCGUAAAGGUACUUGUAAAAGACAACCAAAGACUUUAUAAUCCAGAGGAUGUAAUUCGCCCAGUUCUUUAUCCAAGUAUACCAAUACCGAGUCUCAACUUUUAUCCCAUUUAUCCACUCGGGCUUUGAUUGUUUCAUCUCUAAUCCAUUUGAAAUUAUGACCUAUCCAUGCUUUGUAUGCAAAAUAAUGUUCCUCUGUUAAUAAGUGAUUCCUUCUAUUUAUAAAAUUCACACCAUGUAUAAUAGUAUCUUCAACAACGAUUUGAGCAAUCAACCUGGAUAUGGACUAUUUAAGAUUAUUCUAAAAUGUUUUUCCGUCUUGAAAUCAGAUGUUUAACUAAUUAUGAUCAUCGCAUGCAUAAAAAAAUAUUACUAUACUAGUAAGUUAAAUGCGACGGGCGCGUGACAUGUAUUUUGUAUUUCACUUCAUCUAAUUUAUUAUUUAAUUGUACUAUUAUAGGAUAAUUUAUACAAAUUUAUACAACUUUAUUUAAUAAUUAAUUAUAUGUUCGUCAGACACACAUGUACAUAUACUUGACAAAUAAAUAUCUAAAUUAUACAAUCUUUAAA